GCUAUCUCACUGAGAGUGGUCGAAAGGGCAGGUAGGAAAAACGCCCUGAUCAUGCUUUCUGAGAAAGAUCAGCUCGUUUCGGCUGACGAAGAAAGAAUUAAAACCGUGGGAAGAAUGACCAAUGUCGCUUUCCGAUUGGGUAAAGUGCAUGCGCUUGGGGAUGUCGUAGUACUAGAUGUCAAUACGUACGACGUUCUCUUCGGACUUCCCGCUCUUGUGGCGUUACGAGAAAACCUGGACUUCGAACGACGAUCGAUCGUCCUCCGAAAUACAGGAGGAAAACCCUACGCUGUGCCCAUGCGAUUGACCCUUCGCACUACUAUUAACGGGGUUCCGCGGGUUUCGCCGAUGAUGGCAGGGACUCUCCGCAUGAUCUCCUGGGACGAAUCCGCAGAGGGAAAGUCAUCAACUGAUGAUGCGGACAGCAGUGACGAAGAUGAUCCGGAGAUCUUGAAACUAGCACGACAGCGCGCCUUUGCAACCCUCAAGGACGCUCUGGCAACGACCCCUAUUUUGAUUCGACCGGACCCCUCGAAGCAGUUUAUUCUCAUCACGGCCGGAAGCUAUUUCCGUUAUUCUAGCGCAGAAGAGGAGGCCGAAGAGGAAUCGGAAGGAGAAUUGAGGAGAGAGGCCAGGGAAGCAACGGCUCGAUUGGCCGAGGACGAGGAAAAAGAGCGCGAAGCAGAAGAAGAGUCGGCGGAAGCUGAAGAAGAAGAAGAAGAAGCAGAGGAGGAGACUUCGGAGGAAGAGGAAGAGGCCUAUAGCGAGUACAGCGAGGGCGAGCAAAGUGAGGAGGAGGACGAAGACGACGAAGAAGUGGAAAGCAGGGACGACCAGGAGCCAACGCACGACGAGCUCGAGUGGGUGCCAGGACCAGAUCGGCGAGAGGAGAACCCGGAGGCUGCUGCGCAGCGCAAGAAAGAGAUCGCGGAAGGAAAGCGGUUGGCGAUCGAUCCCGCACCGAACGAUCCUUUCAAGGAUCCCGAGCCGCCCAAGCCGGAACAUGGAGACCUUGCUGCCACGACCUCAGGAGCCGCGACGACAAGGCGCCGAUCCCGAUCCCGAUCCACGUCCCCCUCCGCCUCCGCCCGUCCCCCAAUUCGUCAACGUGUCAAUGAGGGGCUUAGCCCUUCGUCCCCGAUCCAUAUACCACCAUCCCCUUAGCUAUCUCUCUUUCAAUCAGUAUUUCCAUUGCGUCGUCUACCCCCGUAAUCCCUUCCCCAUC